AUGGCUCCCGAAGAUGACACUCGCACUCCAACGUUGAUGCUAGAGGUACAAGAUGCCCCAUGCGAAGAAGAGAACAUGGAGUAUCCCACCGGCUUCCAAUUCCUUGUCGUGCUCCUUGCCAUGUGUAUGUCGUUGAUCCUCACUGGUUUGGAUUUCAAUAUGAUCGCAACAGCGUUACCAACUAUUACCACGCAUUUUGGAACCAUUGCAGACGUUGAGUACAGUCGCUUGACCUCCUGCUCGUUUCAAUUCAUGUUUGGCAAGCUGUACCAUCUAUUCUUAGUCAAACACGUGUUCCUUGUCUCAAUCGUCAUUUUCGAGAUAGGGUCGUUGAUUGCCGGUGUAGCACCCACUUCCGCCGCGCUGGUUCUGGGGCGUGCGAUAUCUGGUAUGGGCUGCGCAGGUAUCAUCUCUGGAGUCUUCACCAUGGUAGUGCAGAGCUUUCCGCUUCGUCAUCGUCCAUUUUUCACUGGCAUCGCGGCUGGGGUUGAGGGUGCGUCGGCGACUGUAGCCCCACUACUUGGGGGGGCAUUGACCGAUUCUAUUUCAUGGAGAUGGUGUUUCUAUAUCAACCUGCCCAUUGGGGGCUUGUCCUUCCUAUUGAUCUUAUUUUUCUUCCAAGACCCUCAGAAGAACGCCCGUGUAAACCUUCCAUGGGGAGAAAAGCUUCGCCAACUUGAUCUCCUCGGAACGAGCAUCUUUGUGCCCUCUAUCACGUCUUUGUUGCUAGCCCUACAAUGGGGUGGCUCCAAGUACGGAUGGGGAAACGCACGGAUCAUUGUUCUCUUCAUAUUGAUGGCUGUUCUUCUGGGUGCAUUCAUGUGGCAGGAAAGGAGAAGAGGUGACAACGCCCUGCUUCCGGGGCGAAUCAUAAGGCGUCGCAGCUUGCUCGCGGGGAUGUGGUUUUCCUUUUGCAACAAUUCCACACUCUCCGUUUUCGAGUAUUAUAUACCAACCUAUUUCCAAGUCGUUCGUGGUGUAUCCGCCACGGUAUCCGGUGUGCUGAGCCUUCCCAUUGCGAUCGGUGUGCCUGUUGCUGUCAUGUGUGGAAGCUCCGCCACCAGUCUUCUGGGAUACUAUACCCCGUUCAUGAUUGUUACCGGGAUAUUGACACCCAUUGCGGCGGGUUUGCUAACAACACUGUCAGUGAAGCAGUCCCUGGCCUCUCUUCUCUGCUACCAGGCGCUCCUAGGCGUAGGUGCCGGUGUGGGCUUUCAAGGCCCUCAGGUCGCAGCCCAGACUAUUUUACCAGUCAAUGAUUCCCCGAUGGGCAUUGCUGUGGUCAUCUUUGCUCAGAACUUCGGACCGGCUCUCUUCGUCUCUAUCGCGCAGACUAUAUUCACGGGACAGCUGCUCACGCGUUUGGGGCCGUUGUUGCCCAACCUAGACACGUACUCGUUGUCAUCCUUGGGAAUGUCCGAUUUGGAGAAGUAUAUCCCUUCCGCUGAUAUUCCCCAUGUGAUUGAGGGCUACGAUAAGGCGUUAACGACGGCUUUCUUCCUCCCUGUCGGCUUAUCUUGUGCCAGUAUGAUUGGAGCGCUGGGGAUGGAGUGGAGGAGCGUGAAGCGAAAAGAUGCUUGA